AUGAACUGGACAUAUAAGCACACAAAAACAGUCGGUAUUACAAACCCCACUUCUGCUUCUGUCAUAUCGGGAGUUGAUGGUUGGAACGCAUAUGGUGUUGAGCUCCGUUGGAAGUCCACUGACCUUACUUCGGCCCCGGUUACGACGUUUGUUUCAAUCAUCACUUCAGCAGUUGUAAAAUCGACAACGACACCGACUCUAGAGUCAGAAGAGAAAUCUCCGGGAUUUUCAACAGGUGCCAAAGCAGGUAUGGGCGUUAGUGUUGCAUUAGGUGUUAUCUUGGGCUUUCUGGGGAUUGGAUUUUGGAUUCUUCAUAGACGAAAACGCCGAGGGAAAGAUGGAGGAAAGGAACCAUCUGAGCUCGCUGAGACUCAAAGCAUUACUCUGCGGCACGCAAUUCAUGAGUUAGAGUCCAAUCCUGUCUUUGAGAAGGAUAGCGUUCGAGGGGCACGCUCACAAUCGAGAUAA